AGUGACGGGAACCUUUUACUGAAAUGGCUACGAUAAAGAGACAACCAUCAGUGUUCUGUUGCAAGAUUCACUCGCCAACUUAACUGCAUAUCCAUUUUCUACCAUGCAAUGUUUCUGAUCUUUAUUAUUUAUAUUAUACUUGAUAUUUAUUUUAAUACGUAUUUUCUUAGCAUCAGAUUCUCACAUGUUUAUGUGAAUUCAUAUAGUUUACUGCGCAUGAAUUUAUACCAGCUAUGCUCCAUAUAAUAUUAUAGUGUAGCUGAUGCAUUUCUGCAGGGUAAAUAGAGGUUUUAUCUUACAUUGUAUCUUGUACACUGAUGCUUGUCAAUUGUUAAGAAAGGGUUUAUCUUUUUGUAUUAUGGGAUUGUCUCAAGAUUGUUUUACUUUAUACGUUUGUUUGCAGGUUGACAGAAUAAAAGAAAUGGCAAGGCAGCUGGCAGCACUUCCAAAAAAACAAUUUGAGAUGUAUCGUACCAAGAAAAUUCUCUCUAGUGAUCACUCUUUCCUGCGGACAGGCAGCAAUCAAGUUCUCAAGGACAAAUUAAGUACUAGCUUCGUCAGUAAAACUUUCAUUAGUAAUGUUGAGAAGGAUUUAAAUGUUAUUCCAAAUAUAGUGGAUAUUCCAAGUAGUGGUUCAGACAAAGUAGAUAAUAACGAAAAACCUAAGACAAACGGUAAGAAGAAAAGGAAGUCAAAGAAAGGAAAAGCUGUGAGUUCUGUUGUGAAUGGUGAAGAGCCACUUGCUGUCAAUUUUGAUGCCAAUAGCACAGGAAAACCACUUACUAGUGCUGUUACAAGUGAAACAGGGAAACCAGGCAGUAGUGACGUGGACAUGAAGUUCAAGGUCUCUAGCUCUAGAAAUUGUGCUCCUCUUUGCAUCAGUAUGAAUACAAAUUUAGUGGCAGACAUUUCAACUGGGCAAGAGUUUGAGUCAGGGCAACAUUUCAGCUCAAACAGAACAGAUGUAGGAUCUUGUGGGAGCUGUUCAUCCAAUGACAGUGGAAUUGUGACACCUAAAGAACUGUUUGUAAGCGAUGAUGGAAAGGAAGUUGAUUCUGGACUGGGUAAGGUUGUUAUGAUGAUAAUAAUAAUCAUAAUAAUAUACUACUGCUACUACCACUACUACUCUUUAUAAUGAUGUGAUGAUGUUCUGAAAAUAUUACUGGAUAGAAAGGCAAAAAUAAUAGAUCUUUUUACCGAUAUGGCGGCCAUACUGAAUUUAUUAGAUUUAAGGAGUAUUAUGGGAUUCCCAGGAGGCACUCACUCAGUAUUUACAUGUGCUUUGCGGGCAAAAAGAGAACUUCAUUGUAUAUUUCUCGGGAAAAGGCAAUCACAGCACAACAAUCUUUUUUUCCCAUAACAAUCUUUUUCUAUGAAAACUUGAAGAAAAAUUGGCCUGAAAAGCGUGUGUAAAUGCUGAGUGAGUAUAUCAGAUCGUGCUCAUGUCCCCUAGGCAUCUCAUAAUGCUCCUUAAAUCUAAUUCAAUGUGGCCGCCUUAUCGGUAAAAAGGUCUAUUAAGUGGCUCAUAUUUCAACCAUAUCCUUUUCCCUUUCUUACUUAACUCAAAAAUCAAAAUUAAUAUCAUAAUAUUAUUAUUAAAGCUAAGUUAUCAUUUAUAGAGUCAUCAUAAUAAUAUAUAAAUGUUAUUAAUUUAAGGAAUAGGCAUAAAACUUAAAGAAAAACAUUCAGUGUUCUAAACAUGUUUAGUGCAAAUCGAGCAAGUGUGAAUAAGGUAAUGCUCAAUUACAACAGUUCAGUCUUAAGGUACACAUACCAUGGGUUGCAUCCAAGUGUGGACGCAAGACAAAACAACAUGUUCUAAUAGGAUGCCAGACAUGACAUGUUUUACUGUCAAACAUUUGAAGUUUGACAGCCGUUAAAGCAAACUGUCGUGCCAAAGGUUUAACCCUUUAAGCCCUAGGAGUGACCAGCAUCAAUUUUCUCCUUGUAAUAUCCAGGUUUCUCAAUAGAUUUUUAAGUAGGAGGUGAUCACUGAUAAAGUAGGAGGCUCUUCAGCAAAGCCAGAGGUGUCAAAACAAAGCAAAGAAAAGCGACUUAAACACAAAGUAAGCGGCUAUAAAUCCCAAAGUAAGCGGCGAUCAAUCACCGGGUGCCGCCUUCUAUUGAGAACCCUGAAUAUCAAUGCUUUGUAAAACAGAGUUGUCAUGAGAAUUAAGGACAUGAUCACACAAGAUGAAUUUGCUUGAUAUUUUAUCAACUUCUCCCCACUACUUCUGUAGGAAAUAAAUUGGGGCAACAGAUGAGAAUUCAAAUUUUGAUCUUAGGGUUUAAAGGUCUAAGUUGUUUCUAUGUUUCUUAUCAGUUCUUUAAGCACCACACAGUUGCUUUUAAGAAUUGUUCUUUGGAAUAAUAUUAAAAUUAUUAAAAACUCCAGAAACUCUUCUCAACAUCUAAAAAUUCUUGUGAUGAAUAUUUUGUUGAGGGAAAACAAAUCAAGUCAACAAACAGCUGCCUACGUACUUUGCAUGUGAACAUUAAUGUUUAAUGCCACCCCAAACUUCAAAUGUUUGUCAGCAAAACAUGUGUGCAUCACGCAAUUAGAACAUGUUUUUUCAUCACAUGUACUUGCUUAGAUGUAACUGACGGUAUUUCCUUCAAAAUCAAGUUAUUAUCAUUGCUGUUAUUGUUUUUUUUUUUUUUUUGAGAACCAUAAAUUUUUAAGUGUUCUACUAAGAUUAAGCAAGUGCAACAUUUUGUGUAUUUGCAGGAUCUUAUACUUCUCCUGUUUUCUCCAAAGAGCCUCCAUUUGGAUUCCCACCUUCAUCACAAAAGCUUUUGGAAUCUGCUUUAGGACUGUUGCCAAAUGUGGCACUUGAAAAGGACGAUCCAUCAAUUGCUGCAGAAAAUUCUGAGAACGUUAAAAAUGUGUUUCAGCAAUCCCACAAUUUAGGAAAGGCUGGUCAUUUUGAUAAAACUUCAUUGAAAAACAGAGGUAGUAUUUAUACUACUGCCAUAGAUGAUGAUCCUGUCAGUGAUGUGUCAGACACCAAAGAGGUAUGCAAAGACUUUGUUGUAAUUGAAGGGGAUUCUGUUGAUGGUGAUGUUUCAAGUUCCUCUGCAGUGGAGGAUGAGGGAGGAUGGCAGUCUCAAACAAGGAGAUCUCACAGGAGAAAGAAGAAGGAGCUUGCUGCAAGGACAGGCAAAGAAACUCGCAAUCACAUGGAGAGAUUUCAGGGAAAAGACUUUCAUAAGCGUCAGCCUGAAAAUCAGUUUAGGAAAAACCAUCGUCGGAGGAAAUCUGUUGAUGAUAAAAAGAAUCAUAGCAAGGCAUCAGAUAAAAUGUUGCAGAAUACAGAAAACAAAAAUAACAAUGUUAUAGUUGAAUCUUCACCUGAAUGUGCCAAGAGCCAUUUGCAUGAAAACAUUCCAAAAGGCAAUGAGUCAAGGGUCACAAAUGGACUAAAUGAACCUUCCAGUGAUAAAACUAGUUCUCAAAAGGAAAAUGUGACAACUCAAAGAGUAUUGUCUUACCGAGAUGCUUUACUCAAAGCCAAAAGAAAAGGUAAGAUGUUAUGUUUUAAAAAAUCCACAAAUAAUAUGAGGGCUUUCACUAAUGUCUGAAGCCAUGUACUAUGAGCAUGACCACUUCUAUUUUUGUUCAAAAGCAAGAGGAACUUACAACCAAACGUAAUUCCUAGCUGUUCAAUUCUCCACCUACUAAUAAUGUAUAGUGCCUAGAAACUUGUAAACUUAGUGACAUCCCUGUAUAAUAGUAAUUGUUGUUAUUAGUGUAGUACUUAUUACAGACCACUCAAGCAUCGCGAUCAUGUAAGGAUUCUCCCGAUUUUGCUUGAAAAUCUUGAAUCCCAACCAAUAUGCGAUCAGGAUAGGAAAAAUCCCAAUUUUGACAUCUGUUGUUUUCAAAUGUGUGUUUAAUGAUAUUUAGAUUCAGAAAAAAAAAAUAACUCAAGCCAAGAAGGUCUGCCCAGUGAGAGCUUACACCCUAGUUUCUGUACAUGUGCUAUACGUUAUUCAUGCAUAAAAAGUUUUACAGCAAAAUUAGUUAAAAGGGAAACGGUGGGAAUCUUCAUUUUUUCGUUAACCAGUGCUAUCUUGGACACUUACCAUAGAUCUGAACAAGCUGACCAGAUUAGCCCAUUUGCAAAGAGAACACAACUGCAAAUCUGAACUGCCCAGCCAAAUAAGGCUAUUUCAUAAUAAUGCAGUGUUGAUUUUUCAAUCAAAACUCUUGAAAAGAGUUUAUUUCAUUUUCAAGAUGACCAGUUAAGCCAAGUGUACAGUUGAUACUAUGAGUGAAGCAAAAAAUGUUCAACACCCGUUUUCAGUACUAUUAUAAGCUGUUUUUGAGUGAAUGCAGCAAUUGGUAUUUUUACUUGUAAACUUCACACAUUGUUUUAUUCCUUGAAAUUUGGUUCCCACUCCAUGGCCUAUAUAUGAACGUUUUCUAAAAUUGUUAGAAAUUCCAAGGGAGUUGGUCUGAAAGCCAACAUUGAAUAAUGAAUGAAGUUCAAAAAAAAUUUCCAGAGGAGUAGAGUGUAAACCAAAACCUAGUCACAGCUUUGGUCAAGAUGUUCUAAAAGAAAAACUCUCUCAUUCAGUGUUAUGUAAUAGAAUAAAUAAAAUGCAAUCAAAAGAAUAAACUGCCUUGAACUAUCUCUCCUGUUAAGUUUUUUUUUUUAUAACUUAACAGAUGGUCAAACAAGGCUACAGAAAUUGAGCCUAAUCCUUGAGAACCACUGCCUUGUCUUGAACAUGCAAAUCAGUGGGGUUAAGGUUAGGUACAGUAGUGGCAAGUUUUUAAAUUGAAUUCUAGGUCCUCUGAUUUGACUGGGUCUUUUAGUCACUUUGAAAGGUCACUUCUAAUGGAUGACAAAGCUACUCUAAAUAAUUUUCAUUCUCUCUUCAAUUACCAGACAGAUUUCCUCAUCUGGUAUUCAGUUAUUCCCAGCACUAAACCAUUACCCUAAACCUGUUAAAAACACUCAGUCAAACAAUUAAAACUGUCAUGAAAAACUAAAGCCCUCAAAUGGAGUUCCAGGAUAAAAUAAGAAGUUAAAUUACAGUCAACUCUCUCUAAGACAGACACCUUUGGGACAGGCACGAAGCUUUCUUCUGGGAUUGUCCAUUGUACUGAGGUGUGCACAUGUGUUAUAGAGGUGCUCGUUAAGAUAGAGUCGUCUCUACUAAACUAUUUACUUAUAUGUAUGUGGGUCUAUUUUUUUACAAAACCAAUUUUUUUUUACUUUUUAAAUACUAUUUAUUUCAAUAGUUGAGGGACCUGAGAGUAGUGACAGUGGAGUGGAUGCAAAUAGUGUCAGCUCAUGUGACCUUAGUAUUGUUCAGCCUGCAAUGCAGACUAAUGCAUUUAACCAACAGCAAUGUGUUGAAUAUUUACGAAAUGGUGAGUAAAACUCCUGGGCAACUCAAUGCAAACCCUUUUUCAUUUUUGCCAAUAUUUAUAUCUCAGCUCAUUUAAACUCUCCCAGCAGUUUGAUGUAUGGUCCAUCACGGGGCAAUCUGUCACUGAUUUCAGCUUGCUUCUAACAAGAUGCAUUUGUGUUGGGGGGGGGGGGAUUCAGGGAAACAAAGCCAUUUUUACCAGUGGUAGGUUUUGUAUAUUCUGUUUCUUCAUACAUACAUGUACUACUGAAAACCAAGGAUGUUACAACUGGGAUGAAGCUUCUUAAAAACUUUAUGGUGUUAUUAUAGAUCUUUAAUAUUACAGUGGAACCCCGUUAAUACGGCCACCAUUGGGUAAAAAAAAAAGUGGUCGUAUUAACAGGGUAGCUUUAACUAGGGUUGUUUUACAAGAAAAUGUAUGGCAGUUUUUACCAGGCAGCCCAAAAGAAGUGGCUGUAUUAACAAGGUGGCCGUAAGGCAGGGUCCACUGUACCAACCAUUUUUGAACAUAUGGUAAUCAAUAACAUUGUAGCUUGAUAAACUGGUAUUUGACUUUUGCAUUUGUCUGGGACAGUGAAUCUGUUCUUGUAGUUGCUAAUAUAAAUUGUGGUAAAGUGAACAUUAAAUAAGUAACUCCUGAUUAACUUAUAUGUAUCAUGUUUAUUUUUCUUGCUGUUUCAGCGUGGAAAAAAGUUAUGUCAAAUGCCAAGCAAGGUAAGUACAAUCAAUGUUGGAAUAAAUAAUUUGUGUGUACUGUUAUGAGAUCUACAACUGUCAAAUAUAAAAUAUCCAGACAUUUUGGGAGGGCAUCAUAGUUUGGAAAUCCAUAGAAAUUGGGUUGUAACAAGGGUACUCUUAUCUUGGUGGAAACAGUAAUUUACAGUGUUGAGGAAACUCACAACACCUUUUAGUUUUGAAGAUAAUUUAUUACAUAUGUUUUGGCAGUCUUCAGCUAACUGUAAUUCAGACCGUUAACAGCAUUUAUUUGCUGCAGCAAUGUUUUCAAAAGGCCUGAGAGGGUUGUAUGUUUCCUUAUUUUUUUCCACUUGCAGGACGUUAAGGCAAUGUACAGUAGUUGUGUUUUUAUUAAGGCCAAGCCAUGAAAUACUUGAUGGCAAACUUUAUUUUGUUUUCUCUCUUUCUUUUCAGGUUUAGUUGUUUAUUUCAGUGUGGACACAGAUCCUGUGUUGUUUGAACAAAAACGUAAACGGCUUGCAUCUAGUAACCAACCUGAUAAUUCCUCUAAGAUAUACAAAGCUAAGUAACACCACUAUUAGCACUAAAAAGGCAACAUUCAAAUAGGCAAAAUGCAGCGUGUGAAUAGGAAGGAAAUCCAUGGUUUGGGGCUUGUGCUCCCAUGUCUUACUGGGGAAGGAAAUAUUAAUAAUAUUUUGAGUGUGAAAUAAACUCUCCAGCAUGCAAGUUAACCUAAAUUAUUGUUGUACUGGAAUGCUGACAUGUAGUUUUCAAUUUUGUACUCAAAUGUCCAGUCAGUUUGUUUGUUAUGUUAAAUACAGUAAAAACCCACAAUUAAGAACAUGCAUUUUCCCAAGUUAGCCUAAACAGGUUCUUACGUAAAUGGUAUAACACAAAUUUGGGUAGUUAGGUUUUUUAAUAGGUUCUUAUUAAAUUUCGUUAGCCUGAAUUUCAGACGAUUACUUCAAGUUGUUUUUACUCCCUCAGUAAAAACGACCUGAAGUAAUCAUCUGAAAUUCAAGCUAUAUUUUCUUAAGAAAAAAAAUUAAAAAAUUUGUAGUAGCUAAGAGCAUUUAGUGGUAUUUCAGCUUAUUUGUUAUGUAAAAUCUGCAUACAUUACAUUGCAGUUGGAGUGAUAAUGCACCUAUGUCCUCAAAGAGGAUCCUGAAAGUUGACUUAUCCUACCCAGUUGAAAAGAAUUUUUUAAAAAUAAGAACCUGUUUCAAAGUUUAGGCUAAACAGGUUAUUGUAUAGAGGGGUCCUAACUGGCAAAUUUUAGGCCAACAGAUUCUUAAACACCAGGGUUCUUAGUCGCGGGGUUUACUGUAUUGCCAUAUAAAUGCUCUUACGUCUAAUUUCUACUAAAGAAUCCUCUAUUUUUCAUAUAGUCUUCUAAUAAUUUAUCAAGUGGUUGUUCAACAUCAUUCAGAGUUUUUGUAUGUUUUAAUCGUUUAAUUUAUUUGAAUACCUCAUUCUAACAAGCACCAUCCACUUCAAUUGGAAAAAAAGGUGUAAAAAAGGUGGAUUGGUGUAAUAUUGAUCCAUUCUGAUUCGUUUUUCACAUCAGUUUGGCGAAUGUUUUCUAUCUUGAGUUUAUUUGAGUGAACUGAAAACAUCUAGUUAUAUUACUUUUAUCAUGGAAGCAAGACAGUUAGCUUGCUCUUCUAUACUUUCAUUGCUUUCCAUUUUGCAAGAAAAUAUAUUUUCAGAAACUCCUGGAUUGUGAUAUGAAAAUUUGUAUCGCAUUAUUUUCAGCCAGUGUAUAUCGUUAAAGAGACACCUGCUUAUGAUUAACUGUUGCACAUGGUACUUUUGCAGCAAAAAAUAGGAGGGAUCGUGAUUUUAAAAAAGCGUUUGGUGCAUGCAACGCUUCAAGGCUAUGAUCAAUUUUGGCGCAUGAAACGCUUCAAGGCUACGAUCAAUUUUGCCACAGCAAUAGUAGUUUUUUAUGCUAGGUUAUAAGGUAUUUGUAAUUUUGCAUCAAUUUGUGCCAUAAAAAGUACAAGGUAUCUCCUUUUCUGCUUCUCAGUGCUUAACUAUUCAGCAAAUUCUUCUCAAUUUCAACUUUUUGGUAGUACAGUACUGUUAAUGACUAAAACAAGAUAAUAUGUUUUUUCUGCCGUUGACCAUAGGAAGGCGAAAGAAAAAAGUCCGGCAGCAUGUAAUCGUUAUUUAUUUGUUGCCAACGGUAUUUUGGUUUUCAAUUUUCGCCUACAUUAUGUUUGUGAAGUUCUGCUUGUGAUGUCUUCAUUCUUCCACAGUAUAUUCUCUUUUCUGUUGAAGGCAAAAUAGAGCAAAAACAUUUUUCCGUAUGGUUAUUUCAACUGUUCUUCUGUUAGAGCAUUUGAUGCUCUUGCCAACAUCAAGACACUAUUAACUUAUUUGUUAAUUGUUUUCCAUUAGAUUUUAGUAUUUUUCUGAAGUGACUUAGAUUCUUUUGACGAUUUUUGUGCCUUAGCUGAACUCUAUUUAACUAUUUUAGCAAAAGUGGCCAAGAACGAAGUUAGGAAAAACGUCAAAUUUUAUUUUGCAAAUAAAAAAAUUAAAAAAAGGAAGAAAAAUUAAACAGGCAUAGCGAACUUUUAUUUGGAUUAUUUAAGAUUGAUAUUUCAGCACGUGAUUGCACUUCGUCCUAAAUCAAUUAAUGAGUGGUUGCAGUCGAAAAUGAAUUCUAAGCUGAUAAACAGUUUAGGAUAUAUAUUUUCAAGCUGUGCUUGACUACUUUAAAAAGUUAUUUCAUCUGGUAAGGGGAAUUUUCUCGAAUUAAGCUCAGUAAUUGCCGAUACCUUUGAAGCGAAAACGAAAUCAUUCGAUACAAUUUGAUAGGGCGGAAUGAUUUUUCUUUAAGUAUUUUUUAUUCAGCAUGAAAUAUUAUUCCUUCACUCGUCGCAUGCGUUUGAAGUUUUCACUCUAUUUUUGGUUUAUACAAUGUUUGAAAUUCAACUAGCCAUAUUCUACACAUUCGUCGGACUUUAAAAUAAAAUUUUGUUGCCGAGCCUUGGUUGAGAACAAAAUUCUUCACGUUAACUCCGUGUUUAUUCCACCUUUCCUUUUCUGUAAAUUUAUUUUUGUAAGGCAUCCUAAGCUUGCGAUUUAAAAUGAGAUUUGGUGGAGAAAGUUAGCCCUGUUAACCGUAAUUGUACGAAAUGAAUUUUCGGUGAACCUCGGUAAAUGAACAUUUUCCUCGAUUUUUAAGUUAUUAGAGAACCUUGGCAAAUACUGAUAAUUUCUUCUUUGUUUUUUUAUUUUAAUUAAACAUGUACUAAUGAUGUAAGGGCCGUAUUCGAGUGAUAUUCCUGUGAACUUGAAAGACGGUUUUUCAGUGUGUUCCUUGUACCAGUACUCGAAAAGCUUUGCUUGACUUCUGGGAAAAAUUCCUAAUGCUGUUAAGUUUCUUAAUUGACUAACCUAUCAGAAAGCUAGGUAGGUUUUGGCGCGCAUUUCACUAUUUAGAAAGGCGAUAAAAUGUCUACCUUUCAGUUCACAAGAAAGCAAUUCGUGUAUAGUUCUCUAACUAAUAUGCUUAUUGAGCGGUUUUCAGGCAUAUUGCGAAAAAAAAAAAACGGAAUUCUUUCUGUUAUACUUGGGAGUGAAUUUCUGAGUUAAAUUAAAAGGAUAGUUCUGAUUAUUGUGAUGUUAUGAUUUGAAAACCUGCUCUCUGGUCCAGGCAGUAAUUUCUUUUCCUACUCUUAUGUAUGUAAAGUGAACUAAGAAAACAAAUUUAUCCAUUUUUUUAAUUUCAAACUACCAGUUGUUUGCAAUAGUUUGAUAGGCUGUUAUUGUAAAAGGGCCAACAACUGGCUAACAAUUACUUGUAAUCUAAUUUAUUACUGAAUUGCACAAGAAUGCAUUUCACUGGGAUCAUUUACUGUGUGAGAAUUGUGCAACCUUGAAAAAGGGUGAGUUUAAUAAAAAUGUUUUUGUACG